AUGGCGGACGAGCAGCAUGUGCAGGCCGAGGCCCAGAAGGUCAUCGAUGCUGUCUUGAACACUGGCGACCACACGGAAGGAGGUGCUGCUGUCGAUGAGGCCGUCGCAGCCAAGGCCCAGGAGCUCUACACCGAUGCCAACCCCGUCGACAAGAUCGGGACCGUGCCCACUCCUGUGAGCGAGCCCCAGUCCGUCUCUCCGUUGGAGGAUGAGCCUGAGGAGACAGGUCUGGGGCCGGCUCAGGGUGCGCCUGAGCCAACCCCCGCCACUGUCGAGACCCUACCCGACGUCGGAGCGGAUCCCGUCGUGGAGCCCGUCGGGAGUGUGGCCGGGGCUUCUCCUGCAACUGGGGGUACCGCAGCCGUGGCCGAGGUACCUGCUCCGGUGGAGGACCCAAUCCCUGUGGAUCCUCCCGCCUUUGCGGGAGAGAACACUGCCGCCGCCCCGGUGAGCGUCGACGAGGUCCAUGAAGCACCAGCACUGCCAGUGGAGCCUGCGGCAGAGGAGCCAGAGGCCAAGCCUGCGGCAGGGGAGCCCGCUGUGGCUGAGCCUGCUGUGGUGCCAGAGGCAGAGGAGCAGCCCGCACCGGAGCCUGAGGUGGCUGCGCCUGCCGUGGAGCCUGCGACCGAGGUGCCUGUCGUGGAGGAGCCCAAGCCAGAUGCGGUCCAGGUUGCCCCUGAGCCUGCCGGCACCAAGCGCUCGGCAGAGGAGGUGGCCGUGGAGGGGGAGGCCCCAGAGGCCAAGGCCGCCAAGUUUGAGAUCGACCCCGAGGAUCCCAAUGCCGCCUACUUCAACAUCAUCCUUGAGAUCCCUCCAGGGCAAACCCGCACCUUCAGUGAGAUCGCCACCGCCGCGGGCGCCAAGACCACGGCCGCUCGGUCCAUCGGCCGCACGGUCGCCAAGAUCGCCAACGACGAAACCUCGGGCCUGCCCUGGUGGCGUGUGGUGAGCUCUGUCGGGGCCCUGCAGUCCAACCCUGCGCGCCAGGAGGCGCAGCUGGAGAGGCUGAGGGCAGAGGGCGCGCGACCCAACGAAGGGGAGGGCAUCACCGAGUGGGCGGCUCGCGUCGGCGCCAAGGUGGUCGGCACCUAUGCGCUGGGCUCCUUGCGCACCGUAUUUGCCGACUACGACAACGAUGAUGUGACGGUAUGCGACUGGGUGGUGUGGGGCUAG